AUGGCCAGAAACGAAGGAGAUUAUAUGUUGGUUGCUCACAAGCAUAAGAUAAAUUUCAAAAAAACAACCACAAUUCGUGUAUCAACUCCUUUUAUUGAUAGGAUCGAUCCUUUUAAUUUUGUGAGUUUUGAUGAUCUUACAGCCAGAAAUUUUGACACUCGUGUUGCAUUUGAUUUUAUUGGUCAAGUUGUAUCUACUGAACCCAUGAAAGUGAUUAAGCAGAAUGCAAGGGAAACAAGACUAUUGAGUAUUGUUGCAAAAGAUCUGAGUGGUAGGAAAAUGCAAGUUGCAUUGUGGGAUGGUUUUGCAUUGAAGUUGAACAGCUACAUAUCUGAACAUCAAAAUGAAAAUGCUCCUGUGAUCAUCCUCCUACGUAUGGAAAAGCUCAAGACUUGGGGUGGUCAGCCACAAGUCGGUAACUGUUUAUUUGGGUCGAGAUUGCAUAUUAAUGAUUAUAUGCAUCAUAUUUCAGAAUUUAAAAAGGCCAUUGCUGAUAUCGAUUUGAAUGUUGAGUCUUCCAUUAAUACUACACAACUUAACACAGAAACUGUUGUGGCCAAGCCAGAAGAUUAUUACCUCCGUUUUCAAAUCAAAAACAUUGAUGAUAUUCCAGAUUACAAUGAGGAUGGUGAACCAUUUAAUUGUAAUGGUUGCAGAGGAGUUUCUGAUGUAUUCGGCAAGGUAAGGGUCGUAAUACGUGUUCAAGAUGAAACUGAGUCUGCUUCUUUUGUAUUGUUUGACCGUCAUGUUAAAGAUCUUAUUCACCGCGGUAAUCAUUGGUUGAUGGAAAAGAUAUCAAAGGAUCAAGGACGCCAAAAGAUACCCGAUGAGUUCAAUACCAUGCUUAAUAGGAAGUUUGUUUUUAAAGUUCAGAUUUCAAAGUUUAAUAUCGAGAACAAUUAUCACGCCUACACCGUUCAUAAGAUGACUGAUGAUGAACUUGUAGUUGGUGUAGUUUUCAAACAUUCACCUGCAUACGAAGAAAACAAUAUUCAUUCUGAUGGUACUCCUAUCAACAAGUCUAUUAAGGAAAAGAGUGUUUCUGUUGAAGGUGACAAUAUUAAUGUUUUUGAUCUUGAUGCGGUGACUACUUCCCUGAAAUGCCCUAUUGAGAUUGUUAGCACCACUGAAUCGUUUGAAUGGUCUUCCUCAAAAGAUGGUGUUGCUCCACAUACCCUUAAGAUUCCAAAAAUGAAAAAACUAGAAUAA